UACCUAGCAAAAACAGAGUCACUCUGUUCUCUCUGUUCAAACAGAGUUUGCAUAAUACUCACUUACAUCACUUUCCUUCCUUUCUUCAACUUCAUUACAAAACUCUUACUCUGUUUCCAUGCUUCCAAGUAUAGAAACCUCUGCACUAUUAUUUGCUAUACCAACACGUUCUGUCGCUAUUGACAAGUUUAUUUUCUCCUUCGAGUGAGUCACACAAAACAAAACACGUUAUUUGUUUCUCCAUCGACCCUUUCACAAAUGGACUCGUUCAGUUUCAACAACCUACAAGCAGAGAAAGCCAACGUGAUCCUAAAGCAUCGCAAGCUUCAAAGGGUCGCAAGCUUGUUUAGAAUCAUUGAAGUGUGUAUCAUUUUGGUCUUGAUUUCAAGAUUCUCCAUGCAGCUACCAGUAGCAGUAAAAAACUCCAGCGUGUACUUAAGGGACUUGUCACUCUUCAUGAACAGCCCUCGUUUUGUUUUCCUCGUUGGAAACGUCAUAAUCAUCGCACUCUUCGCUCAGUUCUCCACUCAGGGUAAUAACGCUCCAGAGCCUGAUCUUUACCAAGAGUUCGUUCAAAACACCACAAAAAAUCACAGACACACAGAAACAGUUGUGGCAGAAUAUAGCAAAAAGAAACAGAGGAUGAAAACAGGGGAAGUGAAUAUUGGUCUGAAGAAGGAUUAUAGAAGAUGUGAAACAGAGAUUUUAAGCGAAAAACCACAUCGUGUGUUACGCAGGUGUGAGACUGAGAAUGGAAGGAAGAGCAUCGAACCUGCUACUAUUCAAGAAGUGGCGCAAAUUUCGUGCCCUGAAGAUGGGAUGAGUAACGAAGAGUUUCGUCAAACUGUGGAGGCUUUCAUUGCUAGGCAACAGAGGAUGCGAAGAGAAGAAGAGGAAGAUUAUUAUUUAAUGUGAAAAAAUAUAUCUUUUGUAUAAAAAGCGUGUAAAUAAAGUAUUUAAAAAAGUAAAAUAAAAAAUCUAUCAAUGGGUUUCUGAAUUGUAGUGUGAACAAGGGUGCAAUUUGAGUAUUGUCUAAUCUAUGUUAUGUCAUCGUCGAGGUAUUCUGAUUCUUUACAUGUUAGAAUAGCAUGCAGCUGAGGGGACUUCCCGGAGACACAAGACAUAACAGAUGCUAUUCUCUGGUUUAGAUUAAUAAUAUGCAUUUAAAUUUUUAAGAAUAUAUUUGUGUAUUUUUUUAAGGAAAAUAUUUGAUGCCAAAGUUGCCAUGUGGAUGUGGUUUAUUUAGAGAGAGAAAAUGAAACAUACACUUCAUUUUCGAGAUGCAAGAAAUCAACUGAGAAGAGACAAGAGAAAGUAAUAAAUGUGUCAAAUUAUGUGAUGAAAAAUGAAAAGAGAGAUAAAAAAUGAUAUAUGAUGAUAAUAACAGUGUCGUUAAUGUUA